AUGGCUUCAUUCCCUCCCGUGUUCAAUGUUAGUUGAAACUUGACCGCAACCCAAAGACAUCAUCCGUUCGUCACUCACGGCCCCACCGGUCGCAUACACCACAGUUGUCAGGUCGCUUAGGUCAUCUCAACGAAGCUCAAUCAACAGCGUUCGAUCAGUUCAAGCAACGGCUCGAGGAGGCAGGUUACUACACACCAGCUGGAGAGGAUGGAGAGAAGGAGGCCUCUCAUUCGGAUGCGACACUUGUGUGAGUUUGAACGGUCUAUGGGAGGAGGGACGGUGUGAGGUAUCGUUUCGGACUCCGAGGGAGGCAUGCCGAGGAGGGAUCGGAGGCGGAUGGUGUUCUUGUCAAGCUACAAGUUUGGGCUCACGGACGAUCUCAAGGGGAGAACAAGAACAUUACGAACCUUCGCACGACCGAUAAACUGUCCCCCGCAUCAUCGGCUUCAUUCGUCGCCUGAACUGACCCAACACGUGCCCUCACUCAGCCGCUUCCUCCGCGCCCGCAAAUUCCAAGUCGACGGGGCCUACGACCAAUUCGUCGCUUCCGAAAAUUGGCGCAAGGACGACAAGGUCAAUGAGUUGUACGAGAAUUUUGACGUGGACGAAUUCGUGGCGAGCCAACUUGUAUAUUCGCUAUGGACUGGUGAGUGAACGAAUCCCGAUUGAAGCACAAUUGAACAAGGGUGAAAGCUGAUACUUUGAUCUUCGAAUCCCCGGAACAAAACCAUUCCCCCUACGAUUCAGGCCGGAGAACAAUAUCAGGCCAGCCCUUGUCGGUGUACAACCUGAACGAUCUGACCAAGGAGCGCAUCAACGAGUAUUCGAAAAAGGCCGACCGAUUAGCACCAAGAAUGACCGCUUUAUCCGAGGUACGUUUCCAUUCCACAUUCUGGAUCACAUUCGCGAAGGAUGUGAUCUUCGUAUGUCGUCCGCCAGGCAUUCUGGAUCGCUCUGACCAUUUGGCCACUCGAUCGAGCAGAUCUUGACCGAGUUUGUCGUGCCUCUCUGUGAGGCCCUCCCACGAGACCACCUCGAGAUCCCCAUCGACGCAACAACAACAAGUCAGUGCUCCACGAACUCCACCUCCUUCCGUAUGACACCGAAGUUGAAAGCUUAUUUGUUCCUAUCUCACCAGUCGUCGACAUUUCCAACGUCUCCCUCGCCAAAUUCUGGUCACUGCGCAACCACAUGAUCCGCGCCUCGGGCCUACAAACGGCGAAUUACCCCGAGAUGCUUGGACAGACUUACAUCGUCGGAGCACCUGGAUUCUUUUCGACCGUUUGGGGUUGGAUCCAGAAAGGGUUCGAUCAAGGAACGGUGGAGAAGGUCCGUUAUUCAUGUGGUGGUUGUCAAUCUACAUUCGCCGCGCUGACACGCACGUUACGUCCCGCAACGCAGAUGCACAUCCUCUCCGAAUCCGAAGUAUUCCCCACCUUAUCACGCUACAUACUCCCCGAAAAUAUCCCCAAACGCUACGGCGGUACCCUCGAAUUCGAAUACAACAACCGACCCAACCUCGAUGCCGAGGCGUUGGCUUUGCUGGGUCUGGAUAAGAGUGAGGAUUUCCCUAGGGGUCCGUUGAGGUUUAGUGGGAAGGAUGGGUUGACUUUGCUUGGAUCGGGGAGGAGGGAGGGGGAGGGGGAAGGUAUGCAGGGGAGAGGCAAGGGCAAGGGGGUUCAUUUCAUGAAGGAGCCGAAAGGGGAGGAGGGAGGGGCGGUGGAAACGAACGGGGCGGCGCAGCCGAAUGGGUCUGCUCCGCCUGCGCUUGAAGCGGCGAAGGAAGUGCCUGGGGCUCCUAUCAAGGACUUGGCUGCCGCAUUGGAGGGCACGACGUUGUAG